AUGUCUGACAGAUGUGAGCUGUCUCGGAAAGAAAAAUACCUGCCUUCAUAUGCGAUCUCACAGGCGGAUUCACCGGUAGCUGCUCCGGCAGCUCCACAGGUGGCUUCACGAGCGAUUACACGGACUGCGAUCAUCCAUGAUGAGCAGAGGAGCCCGAGUGAAGAUGAACUCUCUUCUAUUGCGAGCUCGGCGGCGGAACCUUCGCGCUUGGGUGAUAUUGGAACACUCGUGCCCGCACUCCAGCCUUACCUCGCGCAGCCGAACUGCAAAACUGCAUUUGACUUGGACCAACAGCUAUGGAAACACCUUGCGGGAAACAAUACUCGCUACUGGGCCAACAAGAGUGACAGCCAGGAAGAGGACGAAAGACCGCUAUAUGCACCUCUUGACGAGAAUAGAAGAGAGAUACGAGUGCUGAAGAUCUCGCGCCCUUUUCAAAGCGGCGACGGCGGAGUCAACACCUUCCAAGCAGACCUCGUGUGCGUCUCACUAGAUGGAAACCCUUCUUAUCUGGCAAUAUCAUACGUAUGGGGCGAUCCUUUGAUUGUGGGUUAUUUUGAGUCCCAUCACAAGGGCCAGGAGAGACGAGUACCAUAUAACAAAGGUGUCUUUGACAUCAUUAACACCAUCUUAAAGCGAGGUACGACACUAUAUCUUUGGAUAGAUGCUCUGUGCAUCAACCAAGGAAACCUGAGCGAGAGGGCUAGCCAGGUUGCGAUGAUGGGAACAAUAUUUUCUCGGGCGCGGCAAGUUGUCGCCUUCAUCAGCCAAGCUGAUAAGACAUCAGCCAUAGCGAUGGAACUUAUCCUUCGGACGGCCAACUGCAUCUGGGCCCACGGAUCUCUGAGCGAUGCUGGCACAUCUCCAGGGUUGGCAAGCUUACUCUCCGAGAUUGGGCCUGUAGCUAGGGACUGGGAAUCUAUCAAGGGUCUGAUUUCCAGGCCCUGGUUCCAUCGCCUCUGGAUAGUGCAAGAGAUUGCCCUCGGCAACGACCCCGUCCUGGUUUGUGGGAAACAUACCUUUCCUUGGUGUGCCUUGACACUAUUCGUCCACUUUACCUCUGUGAUUCAACGAUUUUCGGCAUUUGACCGUAUCAGAAGUUCCACGCACGCCGCCUUUUUGACAGCCAUCGAGUGCCUGCCCAACAUUUCCAGAAUGUGGCAGGCACGCCGGGGGCAGACGAACGAUUGGCCGACAACGCCUUUCCUAUACAGUCUGUUCUCACUAAAUGCCGAUUUCAAAUCCACCGAUCCGCGGGACCGCAUUUACGCAUUGCUUGGCCUGGAAACGGCGAAGAAGUACAGGGAUGCGCUGCGCCCGGACUAUGGGAUCAAGGUCGAAGAUUUGUUUGUCAAGGUUGCGCGGCAAAUGCUCAUGAAUGGUGGGAGCAUCCAAUUCCUGCACAUGGCGGGCAUUGGCCACCGGCGUUCACUCAGCUUGCCAUCAAUCAUAGACUCCAUCUCCCUCAUCACACCUGAUCCUUCCCCGGAUUUUCCUACGUCGUGGGAGCAGAUGUCUGCGUACAUCAACGCCGUCAUGAGACUCCUCUUCGCCACCUACCCGGAACAUGUGGGGAAGCCACUUAAGGAGUGCCCCUGGUGGAAGACGCUGACUGAAACGCUGAGUGCCAGCGGGUCGCCCCUGUGGGAGCAGUGGACUUACUUGCCCACAAGGAUCGUCGACGACCUAGGGACGAUCCGGAUGCGGGCGGUGACCGAGGCCGGGUUCACAGAAUUCCUCCAACGGCUGAGCCGCUGGAUGCGUGGGUUGUACGUCACACCCGAGAAGAGCGUCGAAGAGUCCGACUUCACGAGCUCGUUCCUCACGGCGGCGGCGAUCGGGCGUAGGUUUUAUAUCUCGUCCGCGGGGAAUUUCGGCCUGGCUACCGAGGGCGCCCGGGCUGGAGACCUUGUUUGUACAUUUGAGGGCCACCGGGUGCCGUUCGUCAUAAGGCUGGUGGAUGAGGCGGAUAAGUCGAAGGGGGUACAUCUUGUUGGCGAGGCGGAAUAUAAGGCGGUGAGCAUAAAGAUCAUUUAUACUUUCCGCCGUACCAACAACAUUGAUGUGGACUAG